AUGGACGACGAAUACACUGGUAUCGACCCGGACUCUCUACGUGUCGCGACGAGACGACACACACACACGCUCUCACACACACAUAAAUGUACACAGGUACACAAAUACCAAUCGUUUCCUGGAGCACAUCAUUCACCAGACGACGAAGACCCCCGUCCCAGCCGGCCCCAGCCAGUGUCGUCGAAUAAGGCUGCAGGAUUCCCAUCGCGGAGCUCCAUUCUUGGACCUGGUUCCCCGUCUUGCCCUGCUGGGCGUGGCACGCUACAUGCGCGUACCGUCAGGAACGUUACGGUGUACACUACUUUGGCCUGA